GCGAGCCUCGGGGAAGCGGAACCCACAGGCUCGCGCGCCGCUGCUUCUGGCCGGGCGCGGGUCGUGGUGCACCACGGGAGCGCUGCACCGGCCGGCAUGGAGGAGCGCGGCGAUUCCGAGCCGACCCCCGGCUGCAGCGGCCUGGAUCCGGGCGGUGUUCGCGGCUUUGGCGACAGCGGCGGAGCUCCCUCGUGGGCCCCCGAAGACGCCUGGAUGGGCACUCACCCUAAGUAUUUAGAAAUGAUGGAAUUAGAUAUAGGAGAUGCCACCCAAGUUUAUGUAGCAUUCUUGGUUUACCUGGACCUCAUGGAAAGCAAAAGCUGGCAUGAAGUAAACUGUGUAGGAUUACCAGAACUCCAGCUCAUCUGCCUUGUUGGUACUGAGAUAGAAGGGGAGGGGUUACAGACUGUGGUGCCUACUCCCAUCACUGCUUCCCUCAGCCAUAACAGAAUCAGCUUGUCAAUAUCUACAAAACAACAUGCUGGGAUUUUGAAUGGGAUUGCACUUACUAUAGAUCACAUUGAGAAGAAUUGGUAUCCAGGAACAUGGACCAUCUCUCCAUUUGUUUAGAUCUCCUAUGAUUUCUUUCAUCAGAGUUUUACAGUUUUCCUCACAUGGAUCCUAUAAGUAUUUUGUUAGAUUUAUACCUAAAUAUUUAUCUUUUAUGAUGCUAAUGUAAAUGGUUUGUUUUUAAUUUCAAAUUCCAAUUGUUUAUUGCUGAUAUAUAGGAAUACAGUGGACUUUUGUAUAUUAUCUGUGUAUACUGUAACCUUGCUAUAAUCUCUUAGUUUUUAUUCUUCCAUUUUCUCAUACCCCCAAAUUAAUUUAUCAGUAAACUCUGUCAGUUCCUUAAAAUUACAUCCAGAAUCUGUCCAUUUCUUCCACUUACACUACAACUGUUACCACUCUGGCUUAAGCUGCUAUUAUCUCACCUCCUGGACCUACUAAGUGGUCCUCCUUUGAAACACUUGAUAUAUUAAUGCUACUCAACAUAUUUCAUAUUUGGUUUUCUUUGAUUACCUACUGUCUGUUUUCUUCCACUAGAAAGUAAGUUCCCUGAAAGUGGGAACUUUGUUUUGUUUAUUGGUAUAUCCCUGGGGUCUAACCUGGUACCUGGUACAUGGUGCUAAGUAAGUAUUUGUUGAAAGACUGGGUAAGCUAUCUUAGGCUACUGUGUUCCUGCAGCGGAGACUUCCUAAUUAAUACCUUAAAGAAUGUAAGAAUGUACUGUAAGCAACCUUUUAAGAGUUUCCAAAAAAUUAGAAUGUCUGCAAAAUCUGCCAGGCACAGUGGCUCACGCCUGUAAUCCCAGCACUUCAGCGUGGCGAAAUCCUGUCUCUACUAAAACUACAAAAAAUUAGCUGGGUGUGGUGGUGUGUGCCUGUAGUCCCAGCUACUUGGGAGGCCUAGUGAGGCAAGAGAAUCACUUGAACCCAGGAGGUGGAGGUUGCAGUGAGCCAAGAUCACACCACUGCACUCCAGCCUGGGUGACAGAGCGAGACUCUCUCAAAAAAAAAAAAAAAAAAAAAAAAAAAUAUAUAUAUAUAUAUAUAUAUACACAUACACACAUAUGUAUGUAUCUGCAAAGUCCAUCCACUUGCAGGAUUUAUCACCAUUUUCCACACUUUGCAUUGUAACCUGCCAAUGUUAUGAAUAGCCUCUUUACUUUUUAGUUGAAUUUUUUUCAUUUAUAUUCUCUGUGCCCUUUCACCCCUCUUUUUCCCUAGUGCCUCGGGAAAAGGACUUAUAUUAAUUCUGGAGUAGAGGGUUACUAGAACUAGUUCUUUCUUUAGAACAUCUCUGAAGAUAUUCUUAGUUAUGAGAUUUAAUCCUCAAAUGCUACAUACUUUCUUGAAGGACCGUCCAUUAUUAUUUCCCUGUAAUUGAAAAAUAUUUCCACUUUCUGAAAGCAUAAUCCUUAUUACAAAUUCAUUUAAUGACCACUAUUUUAUUUGAGUCCUAAAGUCUCAUAACUGCAAAAUGACUUCUGUCAUUUGGCUUCUCUGCAUAUUAGGAUGUGUGUCCUCACCUCACCUCUGUUAGAAAUCUGCUGCUGGUGAAACCCCCAAUUCUGGCAGCUUCUUUUAACUGAUACAGCAUUUUUUUUUCUCUUACCCUUAAAAAAAAGCUUGCAGUUCAUUACAGAAUGACUUCCCACUGGAGUGGAUAGCUUGAUUGUUCAGUAAACCCCCUUGGAAUUUUAGCUGCCUUGAUUUUUUACUAGGAAGGGGCAUUGGCAUGGAUUUCAAGGAGGUGGUCUGUUAUCCCUGAAACUUUUCUUUGGGACUGAGCCUGUGGAUGAAUAAGGCUUCUUUGGUGCCUCUGACACCAACUUAAUUUUGCAUUAUGUUUCAGAGUUGCAUUAUGGCAUGUCAUUCCCUUAUAUCAUAAUGAGGCAAAUCAAGGAAUUAUUCCCUUUUACUAAUAAGGCUAUAGCAUAUAUUAUUUGGCCACAUUGAAGAGGAUAGGAGAUACUUUCUAUGGGUUGAAAUUAAUACUACUUUUAACCCAUGAUACAUUCUAUUUCAAUAGCAUUUGAAGUUAAAAGUAAUGUGGUCUUCAACUUCUUGUCCUCUGUGUAAAUCUCCAGAGAUUACUUAGUCUCUGUUUUAGAAUCAUUACAGAAAAAUCAAUGCUAAGAUUUAUGGAAAGCAUUUAAAUAGCUUGGACUAAAGGUAUUAGCCAAAUAGUGUUAACUGUAUUUGCUUCAGGCUUGUUUUCAAGUUAGCUAUAUGAAGCUCUGGAAUCACUUUUUUUCAGUACACAGAGCUCCUCUAUGAACAGUUAUGAGAAAUAAAAACCUGUUGUGAGCAUCAAAUUUUGUUGCUGUUAAUAAAUAGCUAUUAUUAUUGAUAUAUAUUUUUCUUUAGGUGGGAUUUUUCCCUUUAAAUAUAACUGAGUUUAAAACUUGAAACUUAGUAUUAAUACAUAGGUUAUAUUUUUCAUAGGUUGAUUUCUAUCCAAUAUGAACUAUAAAGAAUUUUAUCGUUUAUUGUUGUAGAUUUGUGUGAUGAAACAUACAAUAUUUCCAAUAUCUUCACAAUAUUUUUCCAAAGAACUGAGCUAUUAAAAUUUAUACAUGUAAGGAAACAUUCUGUCAUUUCUAAAGUAAGAUUUCAAACCAUAAGCUUGUUAGAAAUUAAGUGAGAUUAUAGUAUUCUGGUGAUACUUAAAUGUUCUUGGGAUCUUUACAAUCAUAUGUGUUUUUUUACAAACUUCAGAAUCUUUUGUUACUGUUAUUAUUAAUAGAUUGAGAAAGUAUAACCUGUUGACUAAAAGGCAAAGUAAACAUUUUUAAGAUUUAAUGCAGUAUCCUAUAAUGGAAACAAACAAGAAAGGUCUUGUUCUUGUUUGUUGAGGAAAAGAUGAUGGCUUUGCUUUAAACAUACUUGAAAAAUCGACUAGAAGAGAUCCUGAGCAAGAAACUGUGUAAGACUUCUGGAAUGUACUUUGAGUAACAGAGGCAGAUAAACUAUUUUAUUCUGUUACUACUGAGAAGAUUCACUGGUAAUUCACAAUUACCCCGCCCCCUCCAACCAAAUACCAUAAACAAGGCCUCAGAAAUGGGAACUUCCAUUUCAUUUUUGACAGUGAUUUCUCUCAACUCUGAAAACAAAACCCCUUUUACAACGCUGAGUUAGUUUUCAAAUGUUAGGGUUUCCUGCAUGGGUAUUUGGGGUAAGUAUGAAAAUGUUUUGCUGCUUACAUCAAAGAACUCUGGAAACAGAUAUAAAAUGAGAAUAGAAAAAGAGUAGUGAAUAAGAUGGAAAUUUCUAUUCUAAAUUUCAAUAUAUGGGCUAGAAUUCCCAUAUAGUUUUCCUUAGUGAACACCCUCCCGACACACACAUACAAACACACCUUCUGAUUUAAAUAACAUUUUAUCUUCAGAAAUGGAAAAUGUGUAAAAGUUGUGUUAACAGGCUUCCUUCUUGUCUGUGUCCCAUUCUCAUCACAGUCUACCAGUUAGGGAUGUUUAGAGAAAUUUAUCUUGCGGCAUUGAAGUGCUUUAUGUGCAUUAUAUAUUGGGUUUUAUGUAUAUUGCAUACUGCGAAGUAAUCAUGAUACAUGCCGACAACAAAAGAUGUAGAUAAGUUAAAAUUUUAGUUGAUCCAUUGUCUGUUUCUUCUUUUCCAUCUUUGUAGAAAAAAAUUAAUUCAAGAUGGACACCUAUAAAAAUUGAUCUUUUUCUAUUAUUAUUAAUUUAGAUAUUGGUGUGCCACUUUUGAAGAAGGAAAACACUUAGCUACACUAAAAGAUUUGCAUUGAAGAAGCAAUUGUGAUAUGCCUUUUAUCACAGUGUGAUUUCCCAUCAGUGCUGAGUAAUGAAGUUUCUGAUUAAUAUCUAUCGUUGCUUUAUCAGAAUAUCUUUCUCUAAAGUAAAUCAUUCUUAUGAAUAAGAAUCUAGCUAGUUGUAAUGCAGUUCAGCAUAGGUGGAAAUAAUUUUUUAAGGACUAAGUCAAUUUCUGGGAUUCAGACUGUUUCAGGAAAUAAACAUUUUCUGUAUUUCCACUAAUGGCACAGUGUACCUUAGUAUGUUUGGGUUAGUAUUCAGUUUUAGCAAUAAUCAUAGAGGCAGGGGUAUCUGUAAAUAUUGUAUCCCAAUUUGCAAGGUACAAAGCUGUAUAUAUACUACAUAAUAUGACCACUUGACAGUUUAUGAAGUCUUUUCAUAUAUACCAUUUAAUUGAUUCGUAUAAUAAUCUUAUGUGUAGACAUAAAGGUGUACUACUAUCUUCAUUUCAAGUAUCCUUGAAAAGACUUUCUCCAUUGAAUUGCCUUUGUAUCUUUGUCAAAAAUCAACUGACCAGGCUUAUAGCACGUUAAGAAGUAACUUAUAUGACAGUAUUAACACAAAGGAUGGAGGAAGGAAUGAAGCUGUAUUGGAGUAAACAAUGACACCAGACAGUUAUGUGAAGAAAUGAAGAGUACCAGGAAUAUUAAAUAUGUGAAUGUAAAAGACCCUAAUAUAUUUUCCUUUCUCCUCUUAACUUUAUAAAAAGAAAAUUAUUUAAACUAAUAAUUAUAACACAAUAUUACUGGGUUUAAAUAUAUAAACAUAUGACAAUAAUAGCAUAAAGGAGGAGGAAAGGAAUAAAGCUCUGUUGGAGCAGUUUCUGUAUUUUUUAGAAUCAAGUUAGUAUUAAGCUGAGAGAAAUUGUGAUAAACUAAAAUGCAAUAGUAAUCUCUAGAGUCAUCACUAAGAAACUCAAGAAACCAUAGUAAAAAAAAUACAUUAAUUAAAAUGGUGUACUAGAAAAUACCUAUUUAAUAGAAAAGAAGGUGAUAAAGGAGGGUGAGAGGAAGAAAAAAGACAUGUGAUAUAUAGAAAACAAAUAGCUAAAUGGCAGGCAUGAAUCCAACCAUACCAAUGUUAGUUUUAAAUUUGAAUAAACACUCAAAAGGGCAGAGAUUGUCAGAUUAGAUAUAAAAACAAGAUCCAACUAUAUGCUAUCUAUAAAAGGUACACUUCAGAUUCAGAGACGACAAUUUUGGGAAACUGUCUACUAUUUCUAUACCAUUCUCUUUCCUUUCCUUCUGUGAUUCCAAUUAUGUGUGUGUUAAACUUAAUUUGAUACUAUACCAGAAGCCUCUGAUGUUAUUUUUUAAAAUUAUUUUUUCCCUUUGUACUUCAGUUUGGUUUCUUGUGACCUGUUUUCAAGUUUUCUAGUGCUUUCUUCUGUCACAUCUCAUCUAAUUGAGUGACUGCAACUCCUAAGUAUAUUGUGACUUUA